UCAAACAUCUUGGCAGUUGACAGCGUGUUGACGUAUUUAAAAUUUUCAUUCACAUUUUUCAUGUUGUUUAAAACCGUCCGUUUUUUCUGACCGUUGUACUAGAGACAAGUGGGGUACUUUUAAAAUCGUGAUUGUUGUUUCUUGUGUUAAGUAUUUUUGUUAUUGACAUUAUUAGUGAGCACUUCAAGAUGGACAGGCUAGAAUAUAUGAGAAUGCUCUUGCAAAACAAGAGGCCUAACCUAGGGGCCAACCUCAAGCAAAAAAUUGAGGAUAGAAAAGAAGCAUUUGCUUUAGACCGAAAAACAAAAAAGGAUUUAAGAGAUAUUGGCAGACGAAACAUAGAUGUGAACAUGAGUCCGUAUAUUACGCCAGCAAGUAAAAACGUAAAAUUGCCUGUUAUCAAACCCAGUCUGAAUAACGAUACAGUUAAUAAACGACUGGAAAUGUUGGCUAAGUGGAAAGCUGACAAAGCCAAAGCCAAAGAACAAUCCACUAGGUCUAAGCCUAUUUUUAAAGUGUCUACGGUAGUAUCAGAUCCCUCAACUAAAUUAGAGAACGCAAACAGAUUUAUAAAGGGAAAGCUCAUUGUUUCUACAACACAGAAAUCAAAAUUUGCUCCAGAUAAUUAUAAAUUUAAAGCCCCAAGCACGGUUAAAAACCUAGUUACGACUUUAGGUGACAAAACUGGCAGCAAGUCGGGUACUGUUCCUAAGAAGCAGCCAGUGGAAACUAAACAACCCGCUAAAAGCAAUAGCGUAAAAAAAGUUGAUUGUAAAACUGAGAGUACCACUACCUUAAGAAGAUCAGAUCGCAUUAGAUGCAAAAUGGGAAUGAUUACAAAUCCAAACGGGGCUGAAGGAAAACCGACAAGUAGCGGUAAAACAGAAGAGAAUCCAAUCAAGAAUCCUAAAAAAGGUUUAAGAGGGAAAAUACUCAAAGUCGUGGAAGAAGAGGAAACAGCAGCUGCAUUGAAAGCAGAAGAAAACAAGAGUGUGCUUGAUACAACCUUUACAAUGAAUACCGAAGGUGGGGCAGCUAGUAACAUUACCGCUUUAUCUGGUAUUGCGGAAUUACAUGACAUAUCAGAAGUCGAUUAUUCAACAACCCCAAGAAGACGGUCUAUUAUGCUUAAAUCCAUAGAUAAGAAAAAAAGAACUCCCUAUAGAAAUAAUUUCAAGAGUAGUACUCCUGUAUCCGCCGAAGAAGUUUUGAACGAUAUUACCUUCGAUCUUCAAGAACAGAAUACUCCAGAACGUAGGAGUCCGCGAAAGUCAAAAGUUUCAAAUCAUGCAGCGAAAGUCGAACCUUCAAUAGUCGCGGGUACGAAAUCUAAAGUUGCAGGUGUAAGUGAUCAUGAGGGAGUUUUACAUAAUAUCACCUUUGAUCUUCAAGAGCACCGCAAUACGCCACGACGUAGUAAUUCGUUUAAAGUAACAAGUGUAAGAAAAAGCAAUGGAAACGCUAUAAGCGCAAGAAAAGAGCCGAAAAAAACAUUAGACGCCAUCGGGAAUCUCUCCAAUGACCAAAAGAUUAACCCGCCUGUUUAUAUUAGCCCAUUUGUUACUAUCAGUCGAGGUAAGAAGAAUGCCAGAGACGAACAUAUAAUCCGACGCUCGCUUGGCCGAGACCUAUCAAUGAAGAACACGGAUAUUGAUGUUGCCAGCAUAAUCAACGGUCACACAAGUCCUGACGCAGCAGCUGAUUACUUUAUGGCGAAAUUAAACGCCUCAAUACAAAAUAUUAAUGAAUUGUGCGAGAAAUGGGGAAAAUGUCUUCAAGACCCGGCAUUGUCAGAAGAAGCGAGUUCGUCAAUAGUCGGCACAAUUGGUCAAUCGAAACUAUUGAUCAGUGACAAAUUUGAACAGUUUCGUAAACUAAUUAUACAGUGUAAAAAUCAAGAUUCAGCAGAAGGUUAUAUUAGAUGCGAGGAUCUUCAUGGCUUUUGGGACAUGAUCUAUUUACAGGUUGAGAAGUUGGAAAAAACAUUCGACCAUUUACAUUGCCUUAAGGAGAACAACUGGAUUGAACUUCUUCCUGAAAAGAAAGUCGUUAAAAAAUGUCCAAAGGUUCGAGGAACGAAACCUGUAGCCCAAUCGCGAAUAAAGGAUCUUAUAAAAGCAGCUAGAGAAAAGCGGAAUAAAAUGGAAAAUAAUGUGGUUGAAGAAUGCAAACGCGUAGAAGUUAAAACUCCAAAAAGAGAACCACAGGUACCACAAGCUGAACCCCAAAGCAGUUCCAAGCGCAGAAGUUCCAGAGUAUCAUUGCUUGCGGAAAACUCUAGACAUAGUAGUCCAGGUUUAAUAGUAAUGAAAUUGAUGCAAUCCAUUAAAUACGGGGACGGACUCACACCAGCUAGGAGCAUUUUAAAACAUCAAAAUCUCAAAUCUACCGGGAAAAAAUCGGUCACAUUUAGGCCAUCAUUGACCACGGGUACACUCACACCAACAGCGCUAUUUAGAGCUGAAGAAAAAGAAAAUACUCCUCGCAUGGUUAGGAGAUCGCGUAGAACAUCGCAAGCAAUUAGCUAAAUAUGGUCCUAUUUAACUUAAGUGAUUCUGAUGUACAGUUAAUUUGAUUUUAAUAUAAUUGACUUCUUUUUAGUGUUAUUUCUUACAUUAAGUGAUUACUGAUGUACAAUGAAUUUGACUUUAAUAUAAUUGACUUCCUUUUAGUGUUA